UCUGUGGAGGCGGCGCGGGAGGUGCGCUCCCCUCUCCUUCACCCUCUUCCCCUUCCCUUGGCCGUGGAGACGCCGCGAGCCCAGUCCCGGCGAGGAGGCCGUGCCAGUGACCACCAUGGCGGCGGAGUCGGUCCUGGAAGUGGUGGAGCGGUUGCAGUCGAGACUGGCCGGGAACCCUGAGCCGAAGAAGCUACUAAAACAUCUGAAGAGACUCUCAGAUUUACCUAUCACAGUGGACAUUCUUGCGGAAACAGGUGUCGGGAAAACAGUGAAUGGCUUGCGGAAACAUGAGCAAGUAGGAGGCUUUGCCAAGGACUUAGUGGCCCGCUGGAAGAAGUUAGUCCCUGUUACUCAGGAGGUUGAAAGGAAUAUUGAGCCUGAGGAGCAAGACCUCGAGAGAAGUAUCUCUAGAAAACGUCCCCGAGAUGUUUUUCCCAAGGAGGAGGAAAUGGAGGUGGACUGUCGGGAAAGCUGGAAGGCUUCUUGUAGCCAGCCACGCAGUCCUGACUGGCGGGAGAAAAAGCACCGACAGCUCUCCGAGUUGGAGAGAAUGCCCAAGGCCUCACACAGUGCUGAGCCAAGAGAUGAGAGAAAGCGGUGGAACAAAACCUCCCCAUUCUGUGCCUCGGAUCAUGAGUUAUCAGACAGUAGUCAUGUCCACUCACCUCAGCCUUGCACAAGCCCUCAGCAGUUUUCCAUGGACUAUGAUGAACCCCCGGAAGAGGAGGGAGAGCGGCAGGUGUCACAUCGGAAGGCCGGCAAAGGCCACAGUCACGUCUCUCAGGACCGAGGGUCAAAUAGCCAAGAGAGACGCUUGGGUGAACCCCAGGACGGAGUCUCUGUGGGUCGGAGCAAAGAGCACAAGACUUCCCAGAAGGAGAAGCAUCGAUUGGAUACAAAGGAGAAGAUCUUCAGUGUGGGUCGAGAAAAAGUGUCUAAGGCUGCUUCUCGAGAAGAGGGCCGAAGGUCUCCCUCCGGAGCUGGCCCCAAGGAGAAGCAGACGUCUUCUGGUGCUGCCAAGAGAGAGAGGGACAAGGAAAGCAGCAGCAGCAGGAAGAAGCUUUUGCCUCCUUUGGAGGUAGCUUCUGUCAACCACAUGAAAAAAACAAAGCACAAAGAAGCACAGAAAUCCACGUUGGAAAAGGCCAAACUGAGUGUGGAUAGCUUUGAUGGAGGAAGAUGGGAUGGAGAACUUUCUCCCAAGCCAAAAGAGAAAGGGGGCUCAAACAGCUUAAAGACCCGGGAAGGGAAAUCCAAAGCCUCUAACUCGGACAGAAAACCAGUGAGCCACUUUGCAGGGGCUGGGGAGACAGAUGUGGAUGAUGACUAUGAACAGCCCACCAUGUCUUUUGAAUCAUACCUCAGCUAUGACCAGCCCCAGCGGAAAAAGAAGAAGGUUGUUAAAACCACAACUGGGAUGCGUGGAGAGAAAAGUCACAGUAAGCAGAACGGUUCCAAAGCUGAUCAUAAACACUCUAAUAACACUGUUCAGAAACUCCCUAAGAUGAAUGAGAGCAAGGCAGAAAAGCAGCAUUCUGGAGCCAGCUCUGCCAAACUGAAAAAGGUCUCCACUGAUGCGACCCCAACAUUACCGGACAUCCCCUUGCCUACCAUUCAGGCCAAUUAUCGUCCACUUCCUUCUCUUGAACUGAUUCCCUCCUUUCAGCCAAAGAGGAAAGCAGUCUCCUCACCCCAUGAAGACGAGGAAGCUGGAUUUACUGGACGCAGGAUGAAUUCAAAGAUGCAAGUCUAUUCCGGUUCCAAGUGUGCCUACCUACCGAAGAUGAUGUCCUUGCACCAGCAGUGCAUCAGAGUCCUCAAUAAUAACAUAGACUCCAUCUAUGAAGUUGGGGGUGUUCCCUAUUCUGUGCUUGAACCAGUUUUGGAAAGAUGUACUCCUGAGCAACUCUAUAGAAUCGAGGAGUGCAACCACGUAUUAACUGAAGAGACCGAUCAGCUGUGGAAAAUUCACUGCCAUCGAGACUUUAAGAGAGAGAGACCCGAGGAGUUUGAGUCCUGGAGGGAGAUGUAUCUUCGGCUCCAGGAUGCUCGGGAGCAGCGACUGCUCCUCUUGACGGAGAACAUUCGGUCAGCGCACGCCAACAAACCCAAAGGUCGACAAGCAAAGAUGGCCUUUGUCAACUCUGUGGCCAAGCCACCUCGUGAUGUCAGAAGACGACAGGAGAAAUUUGGUACAGGAGGAGCAGCUGUUCCGGAAAAGAUCAAGAUCAAACCUGCCCCGUACACCUCCAGCAGCAGCUACACCUACAGCAGCAGUAGCAGCAGCAGCGGCGGCGGCAGUUACAGCAAUGCCGAGGAAGGACAGCCGUAUGAUGGCCCAAGCACCAGCAGCGCCCACUCUGCCUCAGCGGUCAGCAGCACAGUGUCUUAUGAUCCUAGGAAACCACCUGUAAAAAAAAUUGCCCCGAUGAUGGCCAAGACAAUCAAGGCAUUCAAGAACAGAUUCUCCCGGAGAUAAAACCUUCCCCUGAAGAUGGGAAAGGAGGAGGGUGAGGAGGGAGGGGAGGAGGGAGAGUGAAGCUCACAGAGGAGUCUAGGAUAUUUUGCUCCAUGGAGCCAGUCUCUACUACAUGCAUCUCCAAAACCUGCCCAAGGAUUGACGGAACUGUUUCUCCAGGUUUAGUGCCUGUAAACUACCUGCACACAGCCCCUGCCUCCCUGCCCAGAGAGCACUUGAGACUUUAUAAGGAAAGAUGUGAAGCCUUGGAUCUCCCGAGGAUUUUAAGGUCAAUUCAACCUUGUUAGCAAACCUCUUUGUAAACUGCGAAAAAUAGUUUUAAUUAAUAAAUAUUUCCCCAGAUUGUAUUUAUAAUA